AUGGCGAACGUGAUGGGAUACAACCGCGUGUUUGCGCUACUGGUUUUGGUUCUCAGCAGUGUCUGUGUUUUGACCAAUGCCGCAGCGACUCCUAUACCUGCUACUGUAUUGGAAAAGAGGGCCGGCGAGAAGAUACAGGUCUUUGAUCUCGAGAAUAUCUGUAGGAUAUCAGGGGCUACAAGUGUAAUGAUAAAUAAUACAAUGUGGAUCAACGGAGGAGACAUAAACGUAUGCUAUUCGUCUACAAAUUGCACCACCUGGACCGAUAUUAGCAACUACCUAAUUGCAGUCUCCUUCGACAGAGCCUACACCAGUGUCCAGCUCCCUAAUGUCGAAUACAAAGCCUUCCUCAAGCCGCGCGAUGUUCCCGUCUCUACCCGCGGCGUCCUCUGGCGUAACGGCGACGGCACCAAGCUCUACCAAUUCGCCGGCCGCAUCACAAACAACGGUACGUCCGCGAUCCAGAACAAAACCGCCGACCCCAACCAGUUUUGGAGCUACGACAUCGCAUCGGACACCUGGCAAUACCUUUCCCAGUCUCUGUCCCCCUCGUGGGAUCUCUAUCAAGUCAGCAUUCCGGAGCAGGAUACGGCCUUUUCGUUUGGGUCGUGGGGAGGGCUGCCGUAUCAGUGGAGAAGUAGCAUGAUACAGUUGGAUGGUGCGCAGAGUUUGGAUGCGAGGUUGGAGACGACGGAUAUCCCGAUGGAUGAUAACGAUAGGGGCGCUAUGAUGCACCUGGAUAUUCCUGGGAAGGAUAAGGGUCUGCUGCUGCUUACUGGGGGCCAUCAUGCUACGGAGGCUGGUGAUCAACCUGAUACUUCAUUAGAAUUUGUGCGCCUGUACGAUAUUGAGACCAAAACAUGGUAUAACCAGAGCACAAGCACCGAUGGCCCAGACGGAGCAUACCCAAACCCACGGCACAACUACUGCGCCCAGGUUGUCUCCAAAAGCGACAGGUCCUGGGACAUCUUCAUGUACGGCGGCGACUACAGCGACGUCUACAACAAAAACACGCUGAACGGGCUCUGGAUCCUCUCAAUACCCACUUUCCGCUGGUUCUACUUUACAAACCCCAAUUCGGCCGUCCCACAGUCCGGCACCACCUGCCAGGCCAUCGGCUCCCACUUUAUCGUCUUUGGAGGCUGGAACUACUGGAACGUGUCGCCCGUGUCGGGGCCAAACUGCACAGAAUCCUUCAAGGUCUUUGACCUCAACAAGUGGCAAUGGACAGACAGCUUCGACCCCAAUGCAAACCUCUACGACGCUCCUACUAAAGUCGCCGAAUGGAAGAACGCAAACAAGGCCCCAGUCAGCGGCUGGGACACGGGCGUGCAGGCGCUCUUUGCCGGCAUGAACGCCUCAUCAGUCACCACCGCGUCCGCCUCCACAACACCAUCCGGAUCCGCGUCAGCAGCACCGGCAGCCGAAGAAUCACCGGGCUCAAAGCUCGGACCGAUCCUGGGCGGCGUGCUGGGAGGCCUUGUGGGCGUUGGCGCGGUCCUUGUCGGAAUCCUCUUCCUCAUCAAGAGAAAGAAGCAAAAGGCCGCAGAGGAUCGCCACGAGAUUGGCGACGAGUCGAAGAUUUAUGUCGAGAUGCCGGCGCCGUAUAUUCAGCAGGAGCCGCCGUCAGAAUUGCCGGCGGGGGAUAUGGGCCAUUAUGCGCCGUCGGGGCCGCCGCCGGGUGAGAUGCCGCCGAAUCCGGCGAAGAUUAGUGGAGAUGCGGCGAGGUAG